AACACGAACUAACAUGGAGGUUGAGUUCGGGGACAGAGAACUGUUCGAACAGCUCGAAGAAGACACUCCGGUUGCAAAACAUAUUAGGUUUACGGAUGAUGAAGAAGCUCCAGAUGAUCGUGAGCUCCGGGAAAAAUUAGAGGAGUGUGAUGAGACAAUAGGCCAACUGAAAGCAGAGAAUGAGGAACUGAGGAGAAAGUUAAAUUUCUUGAGUCGACCUACAGGUGUAAAUGUUGUAAAUUCAAAAAUUGAUGGACCACUCUGUCAGAUUCUUUUUGGAAACAACAGAAUCUCAAAAGAGUAUCGUCAAGAAAUUGAAGACUUCAUCUAUGGGCUCAUUCAGAAACACCAGCAUCAACAAAACAAUGACAAAGAAGGCUCUGCUUUACACGUUAGCCCACAGAAUUCAAGUUUUGUCAUGGAGGAGAACCACAAAACAAAUGAUUGUUCAACUGCAAAACAGAUCAAAGAUGCAUUUAGUAUUGUGGGAAGUGUGUUGUAUUUCACCAGCUUCUGUCUCGAUAAACUUGGCCAGCCGCUUCUCAAUGACAACCCCCAGCUGACCGAGGGAUGGGAGGUCCCAAAGUAUCCACAAGUUUUUGGGCAAGUAAUCGCUUUAGAGGGCCAAGAGAUGCAGAUCAAGGAGAAAAGACCUAAGCCAUGCUGUUUUAAUUGUGAGGCUGAGGACCAUCAAUUGAGAGACUGCCCAAAGCCUAAAGACAUGGCACGCAUUAGUGAGAAGCGAAAACAGUUUACACAGGGCAGCAAUCAGUGUAACCAGCGCUACCAUGCCGAGGAGGUAGAGGAGCGGUUUGCUAAGUACAAGCCAGGAAUUGUGAGUAAGGAACUCCUGGAUGCCCUUGGGGUCGUUGCUAACACACUUCCACCAUUCAUUUAUCGCAUGAGGGAACUGGGCUAUCCACCUGGCUGGCUAAAGGAGGCAGAAAUGGAGAACUCAGGCCUGAUGCUUUACGACGGUAAACCAUCAGGCGAUGACGAGGAAGACAUGAAUGGCCGUAACCAAAAUAUAUCCUAUGAUGUCUCAAAGCUAGUGGAUUUCCCCGGUUUCAAUGUUUCUGCACCUUCCAACAUUAGGGAUGAUUACAGGGCUUUCGGUUCCAUCCCAAUGCAACCCCAGCACUGGAAGCAUACAUUCGCUACUCAGUUGUCUAACAUGUAUCCGGCGCCCGUGUCCAAAAUAAAUAAAAGAUGUCAUGAGUCUGAAUCGACCCCACAGCAGACAAAGAAACAGCGGCCUAAUUCUGAUGUUUAUGGAAGCUCAGACAUGGAUACAGAUUCAGAUCAGGAUGCUGCUGGGCGAGCAAGAUCUGAAGGGUUCCGCUUUCAGCCACCUCUUCCCCCUGGUUCUCCUCUCAUUAGUACACCCCCACCUUUACCCCUGGGAACACCUCCUGUUACACCCACCCCACCUCCACUUCCAAAAGGCACUCCUCCUCUGACACCCCCCACGAAUUCCUCUCCAAUCCCGCAAAGCAAAUGUGGGGCUGGGGGCGAGGAGUCCGAAGAUGGGUUGACCUUAGAGGAGCUGGAGGAACAGCAGCGACUGCUCUGGGCAGCUCUUGAGAGCGCUGACAAUGCCAACAGUGACUCUGAGACGGGCGCCUCAGGUACACCUGGUCGAGGCUCACCCCCCAUGUCUCCAUCAGCUAGGCCUGAUACCGAGAUGGACGAAGACAUGGAAGCGGUGAAGAUGGAGCAGAUCUCGAGCCUUAAUAGUGAGGUUCCUAGCACGCCCACCUCACCUGUUAAAGAACAGGUAACUGAAGUUUACGAAGAUGAAAUCAGUGAUGACAAUGUAAAGGAUGCUCUUGUUGAAGACUUGAGCAAUAUGGGAGCAGAGUCUUAUGAUGAGCUCAUUGUUCUGGAUGAGAUUUCUCAGAAAAAUGAUUAUGAUGCAGAAAAACAUGGAUUAAGUGAGGUCACUGAAGGAAUGAGUACACAGGUUUUAGAGAGGGAUAGCCAAGAGGAAAAUGAAGAACCCACCACACCCAAAGUAAUGGCUGUUCCCCACCGAAGCAAGUUCGCAGAAGGAAUAAUUCCUUUUGAAGAUACUCCAGAGUUCACAGAGGUCGCUGAGGCAACGGGGGUUUACCUUAGAAUCCGUGACUUGCUAAAAGGAUCCCCUCGAAAUCAGUUAAAAAACAAGAAGUAGAUUGUGAUCUCUCUAUGAUGAAAUGGGUCUGUAUGUCUGGGCAUUCACUUGUUUUCUAUUUUAUGGGUGCUCCAGAGAAAACGUGAAACCACAGCCGAACAAUUUGGUGUUCAAAUUUUCCCCAUCUUUUUUCACACAGGACUAAGAAUUUUUAGUUCCCCUUUACAAAGGUCUCCAACAAACACAGGUUGGCUAAUUUGGUUUGUGCUUUUAUAAUUAAUCAGACAUCAAUUUUUGUAUCAGUGGUUUAGACUUUAUACUAAGUAUUUUAUGUAUGUACAGUUUUAUAAUCAAUCUUUUUGUUUGUUUCUUUUACUCAAGACUCUAACAUUCUGGUUUUCAGUUGUACUGUCUUCACUUAUAAUGCACAGCCAAUGUUUUCCUGUCUGUUCAUUUCCUGUCCUUGCUGAUGAACUUGGAAGUUAUUUUUAGCUCUAAAUUAUUUUUUUAAAGAUGAUAUUUUAUGGCUUCCAUCCUGUUCUGGCUUUUAGUUUUAAUGGCUGGAUGUUUAGAGUCCAGAUGUCCAGAGAAUUAUGGAAAUAAAAUGUCUUUUUGACCUUCAGAA